AUGUGUUUAAUUUCUAAGAACCACUGGUUCUCUAAAGGCGAAGGUGAGACGUUGAGCGGCGGACAGAAGCAGAGAAUCAGCUUGGCGCGGGCCGUCUACAGCCAAUCAGACAUUUACCUUCUUGACGAUCCUCUCAGUGCUCUGGACGCAGUCGUUUCAAAAAAAGUAUUCAACGAGGUGAUCGGCAAAGACGGCGUCCUCAAAGGAAAGACGCGCAUUAUGGCGUGCAACCAGGGAUCGUUCCUGGAUCAGAUGGACACGCUGGUGUUGGUUCACGACAGACGCGUCGUCGUUUACGACUCUCUCGAGGAUCUGCUAAACGAUCCUGGAGCGCCGGAAACACUUCGUCAGGGGGCCGUCUCGAAUGCCGCUGAAAACAACAACAACGAGUACCGGUGA